AUGAAGAGCAUCAAGAGCUUGCUGUGCUGGGUCACUUCUCUAGCCUUGUACCCAGGUGCCUUGUCGAUCCUCAAACUCUGGGUUGCUGUGCAUGUCAUCUUUGAACUCCAGAAGAGGGCCAUGUUCCUACGGAGCGCAAAAGGACCUUUCCUGCAAGUCACGUCCACCAGUUCUUCAUGUCAACAAGCGCUUGCGGAUGACUCGUUCGGCUCACUUCCUGCAGGCGACGUUGGCAAGGGAGGGAGAACUGCAGGGCACGUCCUCUUGGCGCUCAACGACGCAUCCUUCACGCUACCGAGGCAUGUUGAACAUGAGAUGGUCAAGCUGAAAUCUUGCAUCCGAUGGGCCUUUGCCUCCGGUGCUCGGAUCAUCUCGGUGUAUAACAUGCAUGGAUGGCUGGAGGGGGCCAAGGAAAGUUUGAUGACUGCACUUCAAGAGGAGGACUUUGGGAUAACCACUGUGUUGAUCGGGGAGAAUGGUCGUCCAGUGGGUUGGAUCCGAGGAGGAACAUUCCGUGAAGGAAGAUGGGAUGCUAAGAAUGGUGAAGAAUGUGGAGCAAUUUUCUUCGAUGACCUAGACAGCGGCAAGCAGCGGCUGAUCCAGUGUGCUAGAGAGCUUUGUCAAGAUGUCAAGGAAUCGAAAGAACCUUGUCAACGGGUGGGCAACCAGAUUGAUCCAGGAAUCCCCCUAGUCACGAAUGCCUGUGGUGCCCAGAUAAACGCCGAUUUCGCUCAGGACAUCUUUGAGUCUGGACGUGCGUCAGCCGUUGGGUGCCUCGACACGCCUCCCUCUGCCACCAGCUGUUCAUGCUCAGUUCGCCUCCCUGAGCCAGAGAUGGCCAUCAGCUUCGGUCCAGCCUUUAUCCUCCCGGACUACAACCCGUGGCAAACACGGUUGACCGAGUUCUUCGAGGGAGGGGAGCUGAAGCGAGUCAAGCUUGCGGAUCUGGAGGCGAUCCUCCUCCGGUUCUCCUCCUCUGAAGUUCGAGUGGGAAAGUGA